GGCUCUAGCGUCCCUUGCGGCCCGCGGCGGCACGGAAGCCUCUCUAGGUGCGCGGCGUCUCUAUGGUGGAGCGGGCGGAGCGCGAGGAAGAUGGCGGCGCCCGCGGAGGCCGCUGAGGAGCGGGCUUCGGGGGGUCCUCGGCCCCCAGUGUGUCUGUUGGUGUUAGGAAUGGCGGGAUCUGGGAAGACCACCUUUGUACAGAGGCUUACUGGACAUCUGCAUAGCCGAGGCUCUCCACCUUAUGUGGUUAAUCUGGACCCGGCUGUACAUGAAGUACCCUUUCCUGCCAAUAUUGAUAUUCGUGACACUGUGAAGUAUAAAGAAGUCAUGAAACAGUACGGGCUUGGGCCAAACGGCGGUAUAGUGACCUCACUCAAUCUCUUUGCUACCAGAUUUGAUCAGGUGAUGAAAUUUAUUGAGAAGGCCCAGAACAUGUCUAAAUAUGUCUUGAUUGACACACCUGGACAGAUUGAGGUUUUCACGUGGUCAGCUUCUGGGACAAUCAUCACUGAAGCCCUGGCAUCCUCAUUUCCCACAGUUGUCAUAUACGUCAUGGAUACAUCAAGAAGUACCAAUCCAGUGACCUUCAUGUCCAAUAUGCUCUAUGCCUGCAGCAUCUUGUACAAAACCAAGCUGCCUUUCAUUGUGGUUAUGAAUAAAACUGACAUCAUUGAUCACAGCUUUGCAGUGGAAUGGAUGCAAGAUUUUGAAGCUUUCCAAGAUGCCUUGAAUCAAGAGACUACAUAUGUCAGUAACCUGACUCGUUCAAUGAGCCUGGUGUUGGAUGAGUUUUACAGCUCACUUAGGGUAAACUUUCUCCUCUGCUUAUACUGACAGUCCCUUCAGACAUUCUCUUAACCAU